AUGAGCAGCAACCUCACCAUUCAUCGCGCUGCACAGGAAGGUCAACCAGGCCUCAUUCGCAGCCUGCUCGCUGACAACGAAAAGCUCAUCAACGCAAAGGACGAGGAUGGCCGCACCCCACUGCACUGGGCCGCCACCGCCAACAACUUGGGCGUGACUCAGCUACUCAUCUCCAACGCUGCCGACCCCGAGGCGCGUGACUCGCUCGGGUGGACACCACUCCUCAUCGCCGCGGCGGCGGGCCAGCUGGAGAACGUCACUGCCCUUCUCGACGCAGGAGCCAAGGUCGAUGCCGCAAACGACAAAGGACAGACAGCGCUGCAUUACGCCGCGUCAAAGGGCAACGUGCCGAUGGGCCGCCUUCUCAUCACACGUGGAGCUGAGAUCAAUGCUCGUGACCGUGCCAACCAGCACCCACUCCACCGUGCCGCGACGACAGGCAACGGCGCCUUCCUCAAUAUCCUCCUUCAUCCGCCCGAGGGAAGGCCCAAGACCCGGCUCAACACUGCUGAUCGCGCCGGUAACACGCCGCUCCACCUCGCGUUGGAGAGCGGACAUGGCGAGGCUGCCGUCAUCCUCCUCGAGGCUGGCGCGGACCGUGAGAGGCCAAACUCAGAGGGCCAGGUCGCGGAGGAGAUUGAUGGCGUGGGAGGCGAGGAGCAGCGCCGUGUGCGACAGUACGUCGUGUCGCGCUGUGACCCGUGGUGGCAGAGCGCGAUCGAGGCGCACGCCGUGGACCGCGUGCAUCGGAUGGGACCGCGCAAGACAGUGCGUGUGUUCCAGCUCAUUGCGGAGAACACGAUCGAGCCAAGGUGCUCGAGAUCCGCGUUCGCGAAGUCCGGCUUGACAGAGACAAAGGCGGCCAAGAAGCAGGCGCGAUUCGAGGACCUCAAGCAGAUCUUUGGCGCCGAGUAG